CCGGCGCCCAGGCGGCUUGCGGUCGUGGGACACCAUGGCGGCGGAGCGGCGCGGGAAAGCUGAGACUCUGGCGCUGCGGCAGAGGCUGCUCAGCGCGUCCUGCAGACUCUUUUACCCCGAGGAGCCCAUAAAGAUGGUCCGGGCCGGGGGGCAGUACAUGUACGACGAGCAGGGCGCCCGCUACACCGACUGCAUCAACAACGUGGCGCACGUGGGGCACUGCCACCCGCUCGUGGUCCAGGCAGCACACGAACAGAACCAGGUGCUCAACACCAACAGCCGCUACCUGCACGACAACAUCGUGGAUUACGCGCAGAGGCUGGCCAGCACCCUGCCUGAGAAGCUCUGUGUGUUUUAUUUCCUGAAUUCGGGGUCAGAAGCCAACGACCUGGCACUGCGGCUCGCCCGGCGCUACACGGGCCACUGGGAUGUGGUGGUGUUAGACCACGCCUACCAUGGCCACCUGAGCUCCCUGAUUGACAUCAGUCCCUACAAGUUCCGGGACCUGGACGGCCAGAAGGAGUGGGUCCACGUGGCCCCUCUCCCUGACACUUUCCGAGGCCCCUACCGGGAGGACCACCCCAACCCAGCAGCAGCCUAUGCCAGUGAGGUGGGGCGUGUGGUUGACCGGGCACAGCAGGCAGGCAGGAAGAUCGCAGCCUUCUUUGCAGAGUCUCUGCCCAGUGUAGGUGGGCAGAUUGUGCCCCCCACAGGCUACUUCCCAGAGGCGGCCAGGCACAUCCGCAGGGCCGGGGGGCUCUUUGUCGCUGAUGAGAUUCAAGUGGGCUUUGGCCGCGUGGGCAAGCACUUCUGGGCCUUCCAGUUGCAAGGGGACGACUUUGUCCCUGACAUCGUCACCAUGGGCAAGUCCAUUGGCAACGGCCACCCCUUAGCCUGUGUGGCCACCACGCAGGCUGUGGCGAGGGCAUUUGAAGCCACUGGUGUGGAGUACUUCAACACGUUUGGGGGCAGCCCUGUGUCCUGUGCUGUGGGUCUGGCAGUGCUGGAUGUCCUGGAGAAGGAGCAGCUGCAGGCUCACGCCAGCCAUGUAGGCAGCUUCCUCCUGGAGCUCCUCCGGCAGCAGAAAGCCAGACACCCCAUCAUUGGGGACAUCAGAGGUGUUGGACUCUUUGUUGGUGUGGAUCUGAUCAAGGAUGAGGCCACCAGGACACCAGCCACGGAAGAGGCAGCCUACCUGGUCUCUAGGCUCAAGGAGAGCUACAUUCUUCUGAGCACUGAUGGGCCUGGGAGGAACGUCCUGAAGUUUAAGCCCCCAAUGUGCUUCAGCUUGGAUAAUGCACAACAGGUGGUGAUGAAGCUGGACGCCAUCCUGACUGAUAUGGAAGAAAAGGUGAGGAGCUGCAAGACACUGAGGCUCCAAGCCCAAGGCUGCCCCUAGUCCCAGCAUGGCCUUCAAAGGCUGGAGCUCAGGCUUUGGAGUCAGAGGGGCCUGGGAUGGAAGGAUGUAAGCGCCUGGCACAGCCCUCCCAGCCAGGGGUUGCCCAAACUCAAGACAGCCGAGCACAACCCACAAGGCCCCGAGAAAGGCAGGUUCUUCUGCUCCAAGCAACAGCAACAAGCAGCACCUCUGCCCAGGAGUAGCCCUGCUGCAGAGGUCAGUCCCCAGCCAGGCACAGAAGCGCCAUGCAGGCAGGAACACCCACUCACCUCCACUGCCGCCACCGCCGCCACUGCCGCGGUUGCCUCGAUUGCGGUUCCCGCGGCCCCCAGAGCCAUACUGCUGCUGCUGAUACACCUCUUUGGGCUGUGCCACCUUGAUUUCACACUGCAAAGAGCACAGGGGGUCAGGCAGGUGGCCGGGUUCUGGAAAGGACUUGGUAGAGCCCCUCUUCAAAUGCUUGUGGGGGUACAAGUGGAAAGCAGCUCUCAACACGACUGAAGUUUAGAGACUCCUGUCCAACUACAGGACACUGGGCAGUGGGGGGCCAGUCAAGCCUUCUAAGCAGCCCUGUCUUUGGCAGAGCGAAGAAGCAAGCAGCCUGCAUCUCUGGCCCUGACCUCCAGCCCACAGAAGGCAGGAGCAGAGGGAGGACACACUGCACAACUCCGAUGCUCAAAAGGCCCUAGGUUCAACCCCCAGACACUGGAAUGUCUGCCUUGUGUGUUGGUGUAGGGCUCUUCCCGCUUAAAUAAAUCUCACGUGGAUUUGAGAAAAGCUUUCUCUCACAGAA